ACCUCGGUGCUUGAUCGCCUCGCCUCGCUUUCUACCCAAAAACUCACUUCUGUCGACGUUUCAGGGGACUACAAUCUCACAGUCAGGUUUUGCGAGCCAGAGGUCCGCAUCUUUCCCCAGCACGAAGAAGUUCAGAUGCUCGUCUCUGGUCUAUCCUACGACAGGACGUACUGGUCCGCACUAGACACUUUGGGCCAAGACAGCGUGCUAUACUCCUGGGCUUCCUACGCUUCCCGCCGUGGCUACGCCACUUUGUCCAUCGACAGACUGGGGAUGGGGAGCUCGUCGCACCCUGAUCCUGUGAAUGUCGUUCAAGUUCCUCUCCAAGCUGCCAUCUUGGACAAAAUUGCCACAAAAUUGAGGACUGGCAAAAUCGGCGGUCGCCGUUUCCGCAAAGUCCACUACGUGGGCCAUUCUCUGGGUUCUAUUAUCGGAAAUCAUGUGGCGGCCUCGUUCCCAAAGACUCUAGACUCGCUGGUUCUGACUGGCUAUGGGAGGGAAAUCGGAUUUGGGUCAGCCGCUCUAAUGCAACCAAUUCCAGCAGCUCGGUUUGCGGCUCUCUCUCUACCGAAAAAGUCACGCCAACACGCCGCACUUUCUGGUUUAGCCAACGGCUAUCUGGUAACCUCAUCCAAGACGGGCAGGGCCCAGGCGCUAUACGGACUGGCAGGGACUUAUGACACGAGUGUCCUGGAUGUUGAUUGGGCUCAAAUGACGACGUUCACUGUUGGUGAGAUGUUGACAACGAGCCCCGUUGUGGCUAGCAACUUCACCCGACCAGUGCUUGUUGUCACCGGCGAACAGGACACUGUUUUCUGCUUCGAUAACUCCACAGAACGCGGCGCGUGUGGACAAGGCCCAACAACACUUCCUGCCAGGUCCACAGAGCUUUUCCCUCGGGCUUCGAAGUUUUCGUACUUCAUUCCCGCCAACCUUGGUCAUGAUGUCAAUCUACACUAUAGAGCCGCUGUCGUGUUUGAGCACACCCAUGACUGGUUG